AUGGGGAACGCGGGGAGCGUGGACUCGCAGCAGACGGAGUUCAGGGCGCACGGCGUGCCCCUCAAGCUGCCCAUGCCCGAGCCCGGGGAGCUGGAGGAGCGCUUCGCCGUCGUGCUGAACGCGAUGAACUUGCCUCCUGACAAAGCCCGUCUGCUGCGGCAGUACGACAAUGAGAAGAAGUGGGAGCUCAUCUGCGACCAGGAAAGGUUCCAAGUGAAGAAUCCCCCACACACGUACAUCCAGAAGCUGAAGGGCUAUCUGGACCCGGCUGUCACCAGGAAGAAAUUCAGGAGACGAGUCCAAGAGUCCACCCAAGUACUCCGAGAACUGGAAAUCUCUUUGCGAACAAACCACAUUGGGUGGGUCAGGGAGUUCUUGAAUGAAGAAAACAAAGGCCUGGAUGUACUGGUGGAGUACUUGUCGUUUGCACAGUAUGCAGUCACGUUUGACUUUGAAAGCUUGGAGAACAACGUGGAAAACUCGAUGGACAAGUCCAAGCCUUGGAGCCGCUCGAUCGAGGACCUGCACAGGGGCAGCAAUCUGCCCUCACCAGUUGGCAGCAGUGCGUCGCGCUCCGGCCGGCACUCCACGCUGCGGUACAAUACUUUGCCGAGCCGAAGAACUCUAAAAAAUUCCAGACUAGUGAGUAAGAAAGACGACGUUCAUGUCUGCAUCAUGUGUUUGCGUGCCAUCAUGAACUACCAGUAUGGAUUCAAUAUGGUCAUGUCGCACCCGCACGCCGUUAACGAAAUUGCACUAAGCCUGAACAACAAGAAUCCCAGGACAAAGGCCCUUGUCCUCGAGCUCCUGGCUGCUGUUUGUCUCGUCAGAGGAGGUCAUGAGAUCAUUUUGUCUGCAUUUGAUAACUUCAAGGAGGUGUGUGGAGAGAAACAGCGCUUUGAGAAGCUGAUGGAGCACUUCCGAAACGAAGACAACAACAUAGACUUCAUGGUGGCUUGCAUGCAGUUCAUCAACAUCGUUGUGCACUCAGUGGAGGACAUGAACUUCCGGGUCCACCUGCAGUACGAAUUUACAAAGCUGGGCCUGGAUGAGUAUUUGGACAAACUGAAACACACAGAAAGUGACAAACUGCAGGUGCAAAUUCAAGCGUAUCUGGAUAACGUUUUUGACGUGGGAGCAUUACUGGAGGAUGCUGAAACCAAGAAUGCAGCCCUGGAAAGAGUUGAAGAACUGGAAGAAAACAUUUCCCACUUAUCUGAAAAACUCCAAGAUACGGAAAAUGAAGCCAUGGCAAAGAUUGUGGAACUGGAAAAACAGCUUAUGCAGAGAAACAAAGAACUGGAUGUGAUUCGGGAAAUCUACAAGGAUGCAAAUAGCCAGGUUCACACCUUGAGGAAAAUGGUGAAGGAAAAAGAAGAAGCCAUCCAGCGACAGUCAACACUGGAGAAAAAGAUUCAUGAACUGGAGAAGCAGGGGACCAUUAAGAUCCAAAAGAAAGGCGAUGGUGACAUCUCCAUCCUUCCUGUUGCUCUGGCCUCUGGGAUGGUGCCGGCGGGGGCAGAGGCUGCAGCUGGCACGUGUGUCACAUCCACUGCUGGAGCCACAACUUCUGUACCACUGCCACCACCUCCACCACCAUUACCAGCCUUAGCAGCAGCAUCUGAGGCAGUGCAAAAUGGCCCCGUGACGGUGCCAGUGCCACCUCCACCUCCACCACCACCUCCACCGCCGCCCCCAGCACCGCCGCUGCCGGGUCCUGCCUUGGACACGACUCCUGCUGCCCCUCUGCCCCCACCACCCCCACCAUCAGCACCCCCCCUGCCUGGCACCGCCUCUCCCACCGUGGUUUUCAACUCAGGCCUUGCAGCUGUGAAAAUCAAGAAGCCAAUCAAGACCAAGUUCCGCAUGCCAGUGUUCAACUGGGUGGCCCUCAAACCCAACCAGAUCAACGGGACGGUCUUCAACGAAAUAGACGACGAGAGGAUCCUGGAGGAUUUAAAUGUGGAUGAAUUUGAAGAAAUAUUCAAAACAAAAGCCCAAGGUCCGGCCAUUGAUCUUACAUCAAGCAAGCAAAAAAUUACUCAGAAAGGGUCGAACAAAGUCACAUUAUUGGAUGCAAACAGGGCCAAGAAUCUUGCCAUCACUUUAAGGAAAGCUGGAAAGACAGCGGAUGAAAUAUGCAAAGCUAUUCACGUGUUUGACCUGAAAACGCUGCCAGUGGAUUUUGUUGAGUGCCUCAUGAGGUUCCUGCCCACCGAGAACGAGGUGAAGGUGCUGCGGCUCUACGAGCGGGAGAGGAAACCCAUUGAGAACCUGUCUGAUGAAGACCGGUUCAUGAUGCAGUUCAGCAAGAUUGAGAGGCUGAUGCAGAAGAUGACCAUCAUGGCAUUCAUAGGCAACUUUGCUGAAAGCAUCCAGAUGCUGACCCCGCAACUUCAUGCCAUUAUAGCUGCAUCUGUCUCCAUAAAGUCGUCUCAGAAGCUUAAGAAAAUACUGGAGAUAAUCCUGGCUCUCGGUAACUACAUGAACAGCAGUAAGCGAGGAGCAGUGUAUGGAUUUAAGCUACAGAGUCUAGACCUGCUCUUAGAAACAAAGUCAACAGACCGAAAACAAACCCUGUUGCACUAUAUUUCUAAUGUCGUCAAGGAGAAGUACCAGCACGUCUCCCUCUUUUACAAUGAACUUCAUUACGUGGAGAAGGCUGCUGCAGUGUCUCUAGAAAACGUCCUCUUGGAUGUGAAGGAGCUCCAGAGAGGCCUGGAUCUGACAAAGCGUGAGUACACCAUGCAUGACCACAACACGAUGCUGAAGGAGUUCAUUCAGAACAAUGAAGGAAAGCUGAAGAAACUGCAGGAUGAUGCCAAAAUUGCCCAGGAUGCCUUUGAUGAUGCUGUGAAGUAUUUUGGGGAGAAUCCGAAGACAACACCUCCCUCAGUUUUCUUCCCAGUGUUUGUCCGAUUUGUGAAGGCCUAUAAGCAAGCAGAAGAAGAGAACGAACUGAGAAAAAAGCAGGAACAGGCCUUAAUGGAAAAACUUAUGGAACAGGAAGCGAUGAUGGAGCAACAGGACCAAAAGUCUCCUUCUCAUAAAACAAAGAGGCAGCAGCAGGAGCUAAUUGCAGAGCUGAGGAGGCGGCAGGUCAAGGAUAACAGGCAUGUGUACGAAGGGAAGGAUGGUGCUAUUGAAGAUAUUAUAACAGCCCUAAAGAAGAAUAAUAUCACUAAAUUUCCAAAUGUUCACUCGAGGAUCUUCGAAACCAGCCGUACCGCCGGGCCGACGCGCUGAGGAGGAGCGUGAGGCGGCGCUUCGACGACCAGACCCUGCGCUCUGCCAACGGCACUGAGAUCACCAUGUGAGCUGAGGCCUCCGCAGGGCCGGGCUGCCAGCGGUGCCCCUCCCUGACCGCCUUGGGAACAGUAUGGUUACCCCUCAAGGGCUCAGACACCUAGAAAUGCAUAGGAACGUCAGCGAUGGGCUCUCCGCUCAGCCGUAGCUAACAAGUGCCUAAAAUGGAAGUACCUGCUCAAAUUAAUCGAAGCAAUAGGACUUGAUUUGAUUGGGUAUCUUUUGACACCAAUACGUUAUUCAGUAUUUUUAACCAAAAAGUAAAGUAUGUGUUGUUUUUGGGUGUUUAGUUGGGUUUGAUUAUGUGAAAACUUAGCGAUCGGUCUUCUGUUGGCCGGACCUGGAUCCCGACUGGUUGGAAAGAGGUAACUCUGGAUGUGCUCUGCUGCUGGGCUUCUACAUGCAUUCCUGUCCUUGGCCGAGGGCUGACCUUGGCUUCAGCUGCACUUACUGGCUUUUUUUUUUUAAAAAGAAACAGAACAUUUAAGGGCUUUCUGUAUCUAGUAGGAAAAUAGCAACAAGAAGAGCUCCGUACCUCGUUCCGCCAUACAGACUCCGUGCGCCGUAGCUGGACGUGGUAAUGUAAUUCUGUGGUGAGAUGUGUGGGCAGUGAACCCUGUGUUUGCUGUAAGGUUCUGGGUUUGGUGGUGUGCAGUGCGGGGCUGAGGCACGAGGGCUGCGGGGGAAGCGGUGCAUUGCAACUGCGCAGCGUGCGAAUGGCACAGAACGCAUUGCCUGCUCUUCAGUUAGAGGCACUUUCAUCUAACAGCGUAUUUAUUAAUUAGCACUAAGGUAUUAACAUCUCAGUAAUCAGUAUUAGGGUUCCGAGGACCAUUACAGCUCAGUAGUAGCACAGAGAUCUCAUUAGUGCCCCGCACGGCCGCGGUUCCGGCUGCGCUGUGGCCCCACGGCUCCCUCUGACAAUCCAGCUCCAAUUAAGCCUCAGGGCUCACGUGUCCAUCAGCUGCCCUGCAAGGUUUGGUGUCACAUUCCGAAAGCUUCCCCAGGGACGGAGCAGCGCCCUCUGCACCCCACAGAGCCUGCAGCGCCGCCUGGAGCCGGCGGUUGUCCGGCCCGGAGGAGGAGUGGGACUGCAGCUCUGUUUGUGCUUCCCGAGCUCGUUGUGCUCACAGCUUCCCCUGCUGGCAUCGCCGCAUCAAUAUGUUAAUUGUAAAAUUUAUUGUAUAGUAUUUAACCACUGAAUUUCUUUUCUUUUAUGUUGUGCUUACGUGAACCACUGGUGAAGGUCCCAUUUUUCUUGGAUAAUGUGUAGUUAUAUGAUAAUCUGUUUUUAAAUGUACAGAUAUUUUGCUACAAAAUCGGUGCCGUUUUUUUUAUGGUUUUUACACUUCUUUCACUCCCACUUUAGCCUCUGGGUAAUAUUGUAAAUAUUGUUUAAAAAAAAAAAAAAAAAAGCAUCAUCCUGUGCUAUACAAUCCGAAUGUUAUUUUAACUUAUAGUUUUUGUUUUUAUAUUUAACUAAAUGGACAGCUGGGGGCUCAGUUACCGCAUUGACCUCUGCUCACCCAUUUCCAGAGCGUUUCCUUUAUCAGCAGCCACCCCUGCACUCACAGCACCGUGUGCUGAAGGGAACAUGCCACUGCCUCCCUGCACUGGGAGAGCAUGCAGUCGGGCCAGCAGUUUGGUACAUUGGUGGUCAGAGGGCUCAGAGCUCCACUGCCUCAUUCCUGUGCUCAAAGGUGUUUUGUUGGUUUGGUUUUGUUUUUAAAUUUCAGACAAAAAUGAUCAUUCGACUGGAAUGGAACGCUGGCAUGUUCUCUUUCAUAUUUUUCUAGUAAUAGAUCUGCUUCUUAGCAAUAUUAGAAGUGUUUUAUAAAAGCAGUUCAUGUUACUUUCCUGGUCUGUCCCUGGCAUAAGAGCAAAUAAACUAUUUACACUACUACACUGUAA